CCACUUUUCGGUUUUCGCACCAACAGAACAAGAGCCCAACUGCUAUCCGAAAAAAUUGUGCUUCUAAAUGGAAUUAAAUUGAAUUUUUUUGUGAAAAGCAGUUGUUAACUAAACUCGCGCCUAAUAUAUGUAGCUUAGUUUCGAUAUUAUGUACAACUCGUAGCCGUAGCCUAGUGUAAACUCUAUGCAUUUAUGUGAAUUCGCCAGAGGAAACGUGGAAGAGGAAACUUGGCAUAGGCGACCUGAAAAAGCACCAGCAGUGAGCAAGAAGAAGCACCAGAAGCAGCAAAAAAGUCGUCAUAGGGGCAGCCACAGCAUGCCGUACGAGUCGAUGCACCACCAUCAGUCGGCGGCCGCUGCCGUGGCCGCUGGCACCGCUCCCAACGGAAUGCUGGACUCCCUCAGCCUCCAGCUGCGGGACUCGGAAAUGCGACGCACAGAGAUUGAACGGGCGCAUCAGGAAACCCUGGCACAAAUUCGCAAUCUAAGCGGAAGCGCUCGUCCCGAUGCCGAGGCGGUUGAGAACCUACAGUCGAGAGCCCGUGAACUGGAAAAGAAGGUUUCGCUGGAGAACGUGCACUGCGAGGAGCUGCAAAUCGAACUGACGGCUGCCUUGAAGGCCAAGGCAGCGCGUUCGGGCCAAUCCUCCCACAUGGGCAGUGGCGCUACGGGGUCCGGCGGUGGACCCAUUCCAACAUCGGCUAGCAGUUCCACCGUCACAUGGGCACCGACAAUCAGCCACCAGGACCAAGGCUCGGAGAUUGAUAUCAUAAUGGCAAAGAUUGAGCAGGAUAAUCGUGUGCUGGCCGAGCUGGAACAGCCUCGCACCUCGGCCAGCGCCAGCAUGUCAGCAUUGCCGCCCAGUUCCAUGUUGAGCACGGUAAAUAGCGAAUUUAGAACCAUAUCAAAGAGUGAACUCGAAGAAGAACUGAAUCGUUAUAAAAGGGCCGUAUUAGGCGGCACCUCGAGCGGCUGCGUCUCGGCUUUAUCCUCCGGCUAUUCGAGUCUGCCGCACUCCCUGGCCUCCACGCUGCCCAAUGGUGCCAGCACCAGUUUGAGCGGCGCCAGCGUUGGCUCGCAGAGCGUGGCCGCCGCCGUUGGAGCUGGAGCUGGGAGUAGUGGCCUCCAAUCCAUAUCGGCCCUGGUGCCCAACUCAAUCAGCGGCAUAUCCUCGAGUCUAAGCAGCCAUGCCAUACAAUCACUGAACGCGGCCGCCUACGGCGGCAUUGGCCAGACCUCCGUGGAGAAGCUGCUGAGCGGUACUAGUGGCAUCACUGGCAUCCCACCAUUGCCGAGCACAACCAUGCCCCUCCUGUCACUCAACUCGCAUAACCUGCCGCCCGCUGGCUCGAGCAGCUACUCCGGUCUGGGGCUGGGUGGCAGCGGUGGCGCCGCCGGCUCCUCGCUGACGCAUCCCACCCUGGGCAACAUCAGCAUGCUCGAUACCAGCGCCCUGCUGGGCGCGGCCGGACUUGGUCUGGGCGCCGGGCCAAGCGGCAGUGGCAUCACGGGGGCCACAUCGCUGUAUGGCCUGAGUGCCGGAGCCGCCGGAGGAUUGGGCAGCUCGUAUGGUCCCCCGUUUCUAGAUGUCGCCUCGAGCGCCUCGUAUCCGUUCACGUCGGCUGCCCUGCGUCAGGCCUCCAAGAUGAAGAUGCUGGAUGAGAUCGAGAUACCACUGACCCGUUACGGCAACCGGAGCUCACCCUGCUCGCCAAUACCGCCCAGCAAUUGGGGUCUGGACGAAUUCGCAGAUGGCCUGAGCCUCUGCAUGAUGCACAAUCGGGGCGGCCUGGCGCUGGGUGCCCUGGAUCUCGACACUCGAAAUCAUGGCUUGAAUGGAGCCAGCGAACCGCAAGUGGAUAUGCUGGAUAUUCCUGGAAAGGGCCGCUGCUGCGUGUUCAUAGCCCGUUUUCCGUACGACCCACCCGAGGAGGCUGAGGGCGAGCUGUCUCUCUGCACCGGCGACUAUCUUCUGGUGUGGACCAGCGGCGAGCCCCAGGGUGGCUAUCUGGAUGCGGAGCUACUGGAUGGACGACGCGGCCUAGUGCCCGCUUCAUUUGUACAGCGCCUAGUGGGCGACGAUCUGCUGGAAUUCCAUCAGGCGGUUCUAUCGACACUGCGCGAUGCCGAGGACGGCUCGAUGCAGUGCGACACAACGUCGCUGCCCUCCUUGCCGCCGCACAACCCAUUGCUCACACACACCCACGAGGACCUGGCACGUUUGAGUGAGACGCACACCGAUCUGGAGCACGACCAGGAUGACAUUAGCGAUAAUGCACCCAAACACUUGACGCUGGAACGGCAGCUGAAUAAGAGCGUGCUCAUUGGCUGGUCACCACCGGAGCCAGUGGGCUACAAUCUCAUCGAGAGCUAUCAUGUCUAUGUGGAUCGUGUGCUCAAGGUCUCUGUGAAGGCUAAUGAACGCACACGCGCACUAAUCGAGGGCGUUGACUCCACACGGCCGCAUCGCAUCAGCGUGCGGAGCGUGACCCAGAAUCGGCAGACGUCCCGGGACGCCGCCUGCACCAUGAUCAUCGGGCGAGACACAUCGCAUCUGGGCCCCUCGGCGGUGCGCGCCUCGCACAUAACGUGUUCCUCGGCGGUCAUCUCGUGGCAGCCGGCCAAUUCCAACCACCAACACGUGGUGUGUGUGAACAAUGUGGAGGUGCGCACCGUCAAGCCGGGCAUGUAUAGGCACACCAUCACCGGUCUGGCGCCGAGCACCCAAUACCGGGUGACCGUGCGGGCCAAGCAUCUGCGAGCGGUCGGGCAGCAGACGCCCCAGACGCCGGGCAGGCCCGGACAGGAGGAGGCACCCGGUGCCUAUGCAGAUUUCCGCACCCUCACCAAGGGCCUGCCCGAUCCGCCGCAGGAGAUUCAGCUUGAGGCUGGCCCACAGGAUGGUACCAUUCUGGUGACAUGGCAGCCGGUCGCCAGGCCCACCGCGACUGGGCCUGUUACCGGCUAUGCUGUGUACGCCGAUGGUAAGAAGGUCACCGAUAUCAAUUCGCCCACCGGCGACCAUGCCCUCAUCGACAUCGGCAAGCUGGGCGUCUUCAAUCCGCGGGCCGUGACCAUACGCACCAAGUCACGGGACUCCCAAUCGGCGGACAGUGCGCCCAUCUUGAUACCAAACACUGUGCGCAAUGCCGUUGCUCGCCGGGGACCAAAUCAGAUGGGCAUGGGUCCGCAGCUGCCGCAGGGGCCACACGGCAUGCAGCAGCAGAUGGGGGGCAUGCCCGGGCAGGUGGGACAGCAGCAGCAGCCGCUUAUGAUGGGCCAACAGGAUCCUCACGGUCAGUACGAUCCCAACCACAUGCAACAGCAGCAGCAGCAGCAGCAGGGCAUGCAGCAGGGCAUGCAGCAGGGCAUGCAGCAGGGGAUGCAGCAGGGACAGCAGCCCGGUCAGCCGGGUCAUCAGCCCGACGGAGGCUCCGGCUUGUUAGGUGGCCUGCUCGGUGGCCUCUUCUCGAAACCCACACAGAGUCAAGUGAACCAGAAUGGAUACCAACCGGGGGCAGCAGGUGCUCAGCGUGGCAUGGCGCCUUUGCCGGGCAGACCUCAGGGGCCACAGCAGCAGCAGCAGCAGCAGCAGCAGCAGCAGUACGGUACCCAGGGCCCCAGAGGAGGGCCACGCUUUCGAGGACCAGUUCCCGGGCAGAUGAACAUGCAGGGUCAGCAAAUGCAAGGUCAGAUGCCUGGACAGAUGCCUGGACAGAUGCAGGGUCAGAUGCAGGGUCAGAUGCCUGGACAGAUGCCUGGACAGAUGCCUGGACAGAUGCAGGGUCAGAUGCAGGGUCAGAUGCCUGGACAGAUGCCAGGACAGAUGCCUGGACAGAUGCCUGGACAGAUGCCGGGACAAAUGCCUGGUCAGAUGCAAGGUCAGAUGUCUGGUCAGAUGCCCGGACAAAUGCCCGGACAGAUGCCAGGACAAAUGCCCAAUCAGAUGAUGGGUCCACGGGGUCCCCUCAACCAGCAGCAACAGCAACAGGGCCAGCACCAACCUGGCGGCCAGCAGCCGGGACAACAGCAGCAGCAACAGCAGAAGAAACCCCGCUACUUUGUUGCCAUGUUCGACUACGAUCCAUCGACCAUGAGUCCCAAUCCCGAUGGAUGCGACGAAGAACUGCCGUUCCAAGAGGGUGAUACGAUCAAGGUCUUUGGUGAUAAGGAUUCCGAUGGCUUCUACUGGGGCGAGCUGGCCGGUCGGCGAGGCUAUGUGCCGCACAACAUGGUCUCCGAGAUGGAGGACACAACGGCACCGAUGGCUGCAGGUGGUCAGAUGCCUGGUGCCAUGCAGGGCGCAGUUGGCGGCCAAGCCCAGGUGAUGCCAGGUCAGGUAGUGCCCCAACAGAGCAUGCGCAACGUGAGCCGCGAUCGUUGGGGCGACAUCUAUGCGAACAUGCCGGUGAAGCGGAUGAUUGCCCUCUACGACUACGAUCCUCAAGAGUUGAGUCCCAAUGUGGAUGCCGAGCAGGUGGAAUUGUGCUUUAAGACGGGCGAGAUCAUAUUGGUCUACGGUGAGAUGGAUGAAGAUGGUUUCUACAUGGGCGAACUGGACGGCGUACGUGGCCUGGUGCCGUCUAACUUCCUGGCCGAUGCGCCCGACCAGUACAACAACCAGAUGGGUCCCAGCGGCUCGGCCGGCCGUGGUGGGCUCAGUCAGCGGGGCAGGGGCCAGGGACCCGGUGCGAGAGGACCACCGCCGCCGCCGCGGGAUAAUAUGAUGCCUGGCGCGGCCGGGCGUGGUCAACCAGGUAAAAAUGCUCGCCCUGCUUCCCCUACACUGUUAGACAACACGGGCCAUCCUGCCCCCGAUCACCAAACGCAGGUAAAUACUCUUUCUCUUUUGUUUCCUUUUUGUUUCGAAAUAUUCGUUAUAGCGAACGUAUGAAAAAAAAAGAAAGA